UUCAGAGGUUGUCUGACACCUGUAGAAAUAGAGGAAUCUCUGUAGUCAACCCACUGUGUUAGCUUAUAGAAGGAAAAUAACAGCUGGUUUGGCAGGAUACAAGGUAUAAGGUGUACUGACUGCUUGGAUUAUAGAGAAGGAAAGAAGUCUGGAAAGCAGAAAGCAAGAUAUAAGGCCCAGGUUUAAAGAAAGAGAAAAGAAAAGCUAGUUUUUAGCAGACAAGAUAUUAAGUUAGCUGUAAAGAAGAAAAAGGAGAUAAUGCCACGAAAAAGCAAACAGGGUGCUAAACAGAGUUUGGCAAAAAAAAGAGAGAGCAUGAGAGCUCUGCGUAGUUCGAGAUAUUCCAUUGUUUCUUUUGUGCAAGGCAGGAUUCAUCAAGGAAGUGAGAUAUUUUUAGAGGGCAAUGCUGGCUCACAGUGUACUUGCAUGGCUUUGAUGGCACUUGUAUAUAACGAGGUGAAGAAUGUCAGGGAGUGGGACAGUACAGAUGUAGAAAGUAUUUUGUAUGCUGGUGAUGAUCUUUAUCAAAGGAAUCGAGGAGAAAAAACAUUCUUGCUUGUUACAGAGUUGCCGACUGAAGUUGAGUACAACGAGAGUACUUAUAUUAUUGGAACAGAAGAAGCUUUGAAUGGAUCUUUGGGCAUGCAGGAGUCAUGUCCUCCAUUUUAUAAUUUAGAAGAUGCAGUAGAUCUUGGGUAUACUCAAACAGGGAAUUUUUAUUUUCUUAUGGGUUCAGAAGAAUUAAGUUAUGCUACAAUGGUUUUAGGACAACAUGAUGGCAGAUACUAUAUAUUUGAUUCUCAUAGCAGAAAUUCUAGAGGACUGACCGACCCAAAUGGGAAGGCCACAGUUUUGGAACUGCGGUCACGAAGUGAACUUGUUAUCUAUCUAAGGGCUUUAGCAUCUUCUUUAAAUUUAAAUGAUAGCACUGCCUUUGAGGUGACACCCUGCAAGGUUAGACUUACAAAUGAUCUGUUUUCCUUUGAACUGAAAACUUAUUUCGAAAAGCAGAGGAAAUACGAAGAUAUGCAAAAAAAGGAAAAAAGAAAGGAACAAGUAAAAGCCUACAAAUCCCAGCCAAUAACUAAAACAAAAAGUAUUAAAAGAGAUGCACAAUAUAGAAGGAAAAUAGCAGUAAUGUUGAAACGAAAAGAGCAAAAAAGGACCUACCUUUCUAAGCCAAGUGUCCAGGAGAAGAUGAAAGAAAGCGGACAGGUAUACAGGUCACAGGCACACAUCAAAGAGCAAAGAAAGGUAAAAGAUGCAAUCCAUUUUGGACAAGAAGAAGUGAAAGAUGCAAGACGCAAAAGGGAGCAUAUGUUUCUUGCUAGCCCAGAGAAUAAAUUAAAAAAGCAACUUAAACAGAAAUCUCAUAGAUCUAAGGAAGAAGUGCGACAAAAGAUACGAGAACGUGAUUCUAAAGGUCGUAAAGUACCAGAAGUGAAGGCUGCUAGACAAACAAGGGAAAAGAUAUACUUAGCAGAUGCAGAAAAGAGAUCAAGAAAGCAAGCAAAACAGAAGCUACAUCGAUCUGACAGGGAGGUAAAACAGUAUAUACAAGAACGGGACAGUAAACGACGUGCACAGAAAGAUGUCAAAGCAGCUAGACAAACAAGGGAAAAGAUAUACUUAGCAGAUGCAGAAAAGAGAUCAAGAAAGCAAGCAAAACAGAAGCUACAUCGAUCUGACAGGGAGGUAAAACAGUAUAUACAAGAACGGGACAGUAAACGACGUGCACAGAAAGAUGUCAAAGCAGCUACACAAAGAAGGGAAGAGAUAUAUUUAGCAGAUGUAGAAACGAGAUCAAGAAAACAGGCAAAACAGAAGCUACAUCGAUCUGACAGGGAAGUAAAACAAUACAUACAAGAACGGGACAGUAAACGACGUGCAGAAAAAGAUGUCAAAGAAGCUAGACAAAGAAGGGAGAAGAAAUAUUUAGCAGAUGUAGAAAAAUCAUUACAGAAACAGACAAAACAGAAGCUACAUCGAUCUGACAGGGAAGUAAAACAAUACAUACAAGAACGGGACAGUAAACGACGUGCACAAAAAGAUGUCAAAGCAGCUAGACAAGCAAGGGAAAAGAUAUACUUAGCAGAUGCAGAAAAAUCAUCACAGAAACAGGCAAAACAAAAAUUGCACCGUUCUAAGAUUGAAGUGAAAAGAAAAAUACAAGAGAGGGAAAAAAGAUAUCUGGCUUCAAAAAUUGUUCAAGCAAAGAGAAGAAUUGCAAGAAAAUUAUACUAUUCACAGAAGAAAAUACAAACGAAAAUACAAGAAAGAGUGAAAAAACAUCGUGCACAAGAACACAUUAAGGAGCAAAGAAGGGAAAGUGAGAGACGCUGGAGGAAGAGCAGUCCAGGAAUAUAUUCCAAAAGAUUCAAGAUGGAAAAGCUAAAAGAACAGCAAACAAAUGUACAUUUUGCCAUACAAAAUUUCCAAAAGAAAUGUAAGGAAAUCCCCGAGUUUGUUUGCUGUUGUUGUAAUCGUCUUCGCUUUAGGAACCAAGUACAAGCUUUUAGAGAACAAAACUAUCAGGAGGAAAUAUUAAUUUUGAGCAAAAUUAUUGAUAUGGGAGCAGAGAAAAAGAUAUGCACUUACUGCCAUCAGAAAAUGUCUAAGAAGAAAGUAUCACCAAUUAGUUAUAAUGGAAAUAGCAUUAAAUCUAUGGACAUGCCAGGAGAUAUUGGUACUUUAAAUCCAAUUGAACAGUUACUUUUAACUCCAGUAAUACCUUUUAUGAAAAUUGUUUCAUUGCCUAAAAGCCAACAGCAUGGAGUCCAUGGCCCUAUUGUGUGUGUACCAGCCAAUGUGAAGGAAACAAUUACAAAAUUACCUGCCUCUCCACGUGAAAGUGGACUCAUUAGAGUUAAACUAAAAAGAAAGCUUGGAUACAAAGGUCAUCAUCUGUAUCAGAAAAUAAGUCCAAGAACAGUGAAAAAAGCAUUUGAUUUUCUUUCGAAACACCAUCCUGAUUUUUCUGGUAUUGUCUAUGAUGAAGAAGGAGUCAAAACUACUAUGGAACACCUUAGAAAUGAGGACAGCGAUGAAACAGUGGAAAACAGUACAACUGUGGGAAAGAGUCAAGGACCUUUAAGUAAACAGCAAUCAAACAUACAGGGCAAUGUGGGUGUUGAAGAUGAUGCUGAAACUUUUAAUAGGAAACAACCAAACUUGGAAACUAGUAUAGAUGUGGGAGGGAGUCCAGAAACUUCAAGUAGGGAAGAAUCAAACAUGGAAACCGGUGUAACUGUGACAGCAAGUCAAGAAAUUUCAAGUAGGGAACAAUCCAAGUUGGAAACCAGAGUAACUGUGGGAGAGAGUCAAGAAAUUUCGAGUAGGGAACAAUCCAAUGAUAAUACAGAGGAUGAAGUUACAGAAACAAGUGUUCCACUUGUAACGUGCUUACAACCGGAAGAUUUGGCUCAGCAUAUAUCAGAUAAGUACGAAGACAAAAUAUUAUGUUUUGCUCCAUCGGAAAAUCAGCAUCCUGAGUCUACAUUCAACAAGGAAGUUCAGUCCUUCCCAACUUUGUUUCCAAAUGGAAAAAACGCCUUUUCUGAAAGCCGGAAGUACAAGUUGUCAUUUAGUCAAUAUAUCAAAAGCAGACUGUUUUCUGCAGAUACCAAAUUUGCUAUGAACACACAAUAUAUAUUUUACUUACAAUACAUAAAAGAAUUUCAAGAAGUUUUGUCUUCUGCAAAAAUAAGUGAAAGAAAAGGUUCAGCAAAAUCAGGCAAGAUUAAUAUAGAUAGUUUUGAAACAGAAAACUCAUUAAAACAGAUGCUAAAAAAUAAUGAAGGUUAUAAGUUUUUAUCAAAAGUUAGAGGAUCUGCACCAUACUGGGAGCGAACAAUGAAAGAUUUAUGUGCCAUGGUAAAACAACUGGGUAUCCCAACUUGGUUUUGUAGUUUUUCUGCAGCAGAUAGACGAUGGAAGGAAAUUGUUCAUGCUAUUCUUAAAUCUCAGGGAAAGGUAGUCCCUGAUGAGAUGGAUUGGACAGAACACUGUAAGGUUAUUAACAGUAACCCAGUUAUUGCUGCAGCCAUGUUUGAUAAACGCAGUCAUCAUCUAAUAAAUGACCUGAUCAAGUCUGCUUCACAUCCAAUAGGCAAUGUGAUUGAUUUUUUCUAUAGAAUAGAAUUUCAGCAAAGGGGGUGGCCACAUAUUCAUGCUUUGUUUUGGGUUCAAGAUGCACCUAUUCUAGAUAGAUCUGAGCCAACAGAUGUAGUUAGUUUUAUUGACAAGUAUGUUACUUGCCAGUUACCACAUGAAGAGGAACCUUUGUAUGAAAAAGUAUCCAAAUUACAAAUGCAUAGUAAAAAUCAUUCACGUAGUUGCAGGAAGGGGAAUCAAACUUGUAGGUUUAAUUUUCCAAGACAAGUAUCUACCAGAACCUUUAUAUGUAAACCAAUCAAGCUAGAUGAAGAACAACCUAAACAAAUUAUAAGAAAAGAAGCUAGAGAAGCUUUGGAAAAGUUGGCAAAAAUCACUAGUGAUGAGAAAAACAUAUCCCUUUCCGCCCACCAGUGUUUAGAAUUAGCAGGCAUGACACAAGAGAGUCUUGAAUAUUCCAUGGGUGUUUUAGCUAGAAAAACUAUCAUUGUUUUAAAAAGAGAACCUAAAGAAUGUUGGGUUAAUCAGUAUAACCCACAUUUAUUAGAAGCUUGGGAUGCUAACAUAGAUAUACAGUAUAUAGUAGAUGCUUAUGCAUGUAUUUGUUAUAUAGUGUCCUACAUCUCAAAAAAAGAGAGUGAAGAGGGUGAACUUCUUAAGGCUGCUCAAAAAGAGGCUAGACAAGGAAACACUGAAGCUGUGAAUGAGCUCAAAACAUUAGGAAAAGUUUACAUUACUCACAGGGAAAUUAGUGUUAUGGAGGCUAUCUACAGAUGUACUGGCAUGAAACUCAAAUGUUCAAGUAGAGAAGUACGCUGGAUAGCAGCAGAUAAAGAUGCAACUAGGUUGUCUUUGCCUCUAAACAUUUUAAAACAACAAGCCAAGGAAAAACGAUUGGAUAAUAUCUGGGCCAAGUCUGACUUAGAAAGGUAUUGGCAUAGGCCUGAUAAUAAAACAUUUGAGUUUAUGUCCCUUGCACAUUUUGUUGCCAAUUAUAGAAUGUAUGGUUCAAAACAAAUCAAAACAAACAAAGAUAACUCAGAUAGUGAAAAUGAACAUAGUGAUAGUGAAGGUAAAGACAUUACCUUAUUAAACAACUAUGGAUUUAUUAGUCUGCGCAACAGACCCAUCGUCAUAAGAUAUUUAAAAGGGUCAAUAGACCGUGACCCAGAAAGAUAUUUUGAAAAUAGAUUGCGUUUGUUUUAUCCUCAUAGAGGGCAAGAAAUCCUACCUUCUGCAUUUACAUCAUAUGAAAGUUUUCACAACAAUGCUAGUUUUGUUUUAAAUGAUGAAGAGAUCCCUAUUUAUGAAUUAGUGAACAGAAAUAGUGCACCCUUUGAAAAAGAUGCAGAGGUAAUUGAUAGUGCUCUACAACGAUCCCAUGAUGAUCAUGAGGAUGCGUGGGCUGAUAUUGCUCCGGGGGCUGAAGAACAAAGGAUUGAUGAUAAAAUGGAACAAAACUUUCCAGUUCUAGGUGAAGAUGCAGUUGAGGAAGUUCAUCUUCCAGAUUUAGAUGCUGCUCUACCAGAUAAAAUUGCAUAUAAGAAAUCAAACUUAUCAUGUGAAAAACUUCAGUUGCAGAUUUCAACAAAACAAGCAAAAGAAAUGCUAAGGUCUAUGAACAGUCAACAACUACAAAUAUUCAAUUACAUGCGAAAGUGGUGUCUAAAAAAAAGUCAAGGCAAAAAUCCAAAACCCUUCCACAUUUUUCUUACUGGUGGAGCAGGGACAGGUAAGACCCAUGUUAUAAAUGCUUUUCGGUAUGAAGCAGAAAACAUUUUGACUUCAUUAGAUUCACCUAAUGAAAAUCCAGACGAUAUAAAAGUGCUUUUAGUUGCUUACACUGGAACAGCUGCAUUUAAUAUACAGGGUCAAACUAUUCAUUCUGCUUUUGCGAUAAGAAGUCAAAAAGGUAAAGAUAGGAAAAAAUAUGUCCCAUUGGGAGAAGAGUUAUUAACAGAGCUUCGUGUAAGAUACAGAAGUCUCCAAAUUUUAGUAAUAGAUGAGAUUUCAAUGGUUGGUCAAAACAUGAUGCUGAAUAUAAGUCAGCGACUGAAUCAAAUCAAACAGACCAACUCUGCCCAAUCGGUUUUUGGAGAUAUCAGUGUUUUAGCAGUAGGAGAUUUUUAUCAAGUGGCUCCUGUAGCAGAUAAAGCUCUUUAUGUUACUGAUCCAGGCCAACUUUAUGAAUCAGAAUGGAAUAAUUUCUUAAAAUUUGAGCUUUCAAUAAUAAUGAGACAAAAAGACGAUCAACCAUUUGCUAAUUUGCUUAAUGCUAUCCGUACAAAGAAAAAGGAAGAACAAUUAAAACCUCAUGAUAAAGCUAUGCUUCUUGAACGUGUGAAUGAUCAACUUACAGCAGAUUCAACAAAACUGUAUAUUUUCCCUAGGAACAAAGAAGUUGAUGAACAUAACAAACAUCUCUUGGAGACACUUUGUUCUGACAUAAUUACUAUAGAGGCAGCUGAUAUAAUCCAUUCAAGGUCAGGACAAUCAAAAAGAAAAAAGGUUCCUUUUGCUAAAGAUUCUUUGGCGUUAAAACCACUGAUAGAAAUUGCUGUAAAUGCAAGAGUUAUGCUCACCACAAAUCUUAAUGUCAGUGAUGGACUUUCAAAUGGUGUCAUGGGUACUGUUGUUAAGAUAGAACAAGGUACAAAACCAUUAAAUCAACCUCAGUACAUCUGGGUACAUUUUGAUAACCCCAAAAUAGGUGCAAAUGCCAGGCAACAAACAGUAAGACCUGAAAACAUACCAACAAACAGUGUACAACUUAAGCCACAUGUAGAACUUUUUGACCAUCAGUCAGUAAAAGUGGCUCGUUAUCAAUACCCUCUCAAGUUAGCAUGGGCAUGCACUGUGCAUAAAACUCAAGGUAAAACUGUCACUGAUGCUGUGGUUUCGUUGAAGCAUGUCUUUGCACCUGGUAUUGGGUAUGUUGCACUUAGUCGUGCAACCAAAUUAUCAGGUCUGCAACUUUUAAGUUUUGAUAAAACUGAUGAAGCAAACUUGUACUGUGACGUUAAAGUAGAUGAUGCAAUGAAGGCCAUGAAACCUGUCAACCCAGACACAUUACCAAUUUUAAGACCAUUACAGAAAACACUAACAAUUGUAUGUCACAACAUCCAAUCUCUACCAGCUCAUUUCAAAGACUUAAAAAGUAAUCCAGAGAUGGCUGUGGCAGAUAUUGUAGGUAUUACUGAGAGUUGGCUAAAUAGUAAUGUCCCCUCUGCUAAAUACUCUAUUCCUGGUUUUCAGCUCAUAAGAUGUGAUCGUCAAAAUGACACCUCUAGAGGGGGGGUAGCCGUUUACAUUCGCAACACCUUGAAAGCAACUGAGGUCAAAAACAACUUUGUUACAAAGCCAGGUUUUGAAAGCGUAACUUUAACAAUCAAUGGUUAUUACGUAAGCUUUGUGUACCGUUCACCAUCAAUUGUAGGCCCAGCUUUUAAUAGGAAAAUACAGGAAAUUUUAAGCCAAAACAAAAAGCCCAUUAAACCAUCAAUUUUGUUAGGUGAUUUCAAUAUUGAUCUAUCUAAAGCUCCUCAAACCUCUGUUUGUCUUCCUUGUUUACAACACCAUAAGCAAAUGAUUGCCUCUCCAACAUUUAGAGGUGUUAAAGGGUACACUAGCCUGUUAGAUCAUAUUUAUGUACAAAAUGUAAGCACUAUAGAAACAGGUACACUGUGCACAUAUUACAGCGACCAUGAUCCUGUAUACGCUGUUAUACCCAUCAAUGCAUAGUAUAUGAAAUAUGUAGUUAUUUGUAAAAAAAACAUUGUAUAUAUGUAAGAAUUGUUAAUAUAAAUUAUUUGUAAAUAUAUUCCUUCAGAUGUUAAUGGCCUAAUGUAUUUGCUAGGAUAUUGUACAUAUAGUUUGCAUUUUAAACUGUAUAUAAACAUAUUUUGGUUUUAUUUCUAAUAUAAAUGAUUGCCUUAAUAUAUAACACAAUAUGAAUUUUUUUAUCUGUAAAGAGAUUUAUUUAACAAUAUGUAUUACACAUGUAUGCACAGAUUGAUUGUAAAAUAUUUUAAUUUGUAUUAUAGUUAGUACAUAUCAAAUAAUCAUGAUAAUAUAUUCACUCUUAUUUUUUGACCUCAACAUUUAAAUUAAGAUUGACAGAUGUUGUGAUUUUAUUUUAUAACAAAUGUAUGUAAAGAGAUGCUUUAAGUGUUUAAUAUAAAAAGAUAAACAGAUAAUUUGUAUUAUAUUUGAUACAUUUAAUUUGGUAAAAGGGUCACUGUUUAUUGUGGCCAUCCACAGCUCUAAAAAACACCUUUAAAAUUUAUUUAACACGAAAAUUGAUUUUAAUUAUUAUUUUAUGGGGGGAAGGGGUACAUUUUCAGUGGGGAAAUCUUUUGGGGUCUCUCUUCAAUUGUUUUUACAUUGUUAAAUUAUAU